GCGCGGGUAUCAGGCGCCGCGCUCGGCGCCCGGGAGCCCAGUCGUCCCCUGCUCUUCGCACUUGCGGUGUGGCUCCCGGGCCAGCUGGGUGUCGGACCAUGGCGUCCCCAGCGACAGGCGUGGUGGUGAUCGUUGGCAGCGGACUCAUUGGGCGAAGCUGGGCUAUGUUGUUUGCCAGCGGAGGCUUCAGGGUGAGGCUCUGUGACGUGGAACAGCAGCAGGUAACAGACGCCUUGGAAAACAUCAGAAAGGAGAUGGCAGUCCUGGAGCUGCGCGGGUCCCUGAGAGGCAGACUGAGCGCCAAAGAGCAGGGGUCGCUCCUCAGCGGCUGCGUGGACGUCCGCGGGGCGGUAGAGGGCGCUGUGCACAUCCAGGAAUGUGUUCCAGAAGACCUGGAGCUCAAGAGGAAGGUUUUUGCGCAGUUGGAUCAAAUCAUCAAUGACCAGGUCGUCCUCAGCAGCUCCAGCUCCUGCCUCCUGCCUUCCCAGCUGUUCGCUGGCCUGGUGCACGUGGCACAGUGCAUCGUGGCCCAUCCUGUAAAUCCACCAUAUUUCGUGCCAUUGGUUGAGCUGGUCCCACACCCAGACACGGCCCCCGAGACGGUGGACAGAACCCAUGCCCUGAUGCAGAAGAUUGGACAGUCCCCGGUCAGGGUGCUGAAGGAAAUCGAUGGUUUUGCCCUGAACCGCCUGCAGUACGCUAUCAUCAGUGAGGCCUGGCGGCUCGUGGAGGAAGGAGUAGUGUCUCCGAGCGACCUUGACCUUAUCAUGUCUGAUGGCCUGGGCAUGCGGUAUGCGUUCAUCGGACCCCUAGAAACUAUGCAUCUCAAUGCGGAAGGCAUGGUGAGCUACUGUGACAGAUACGGCGAAGGCGUGAAACGUGUACUGAAGACGUUUGGACCCGUUCCAGAGUUUUCCGGGGCCACAGUCGAAAAAGUUAACCAGGCCAUGUGUCUGAAAGUUCCUGCGGACCCGGAGCACUUAGCUGCCAGGCGGCAGUGGAGGGACGAAUGUCUGCAGAGACUUGCCCAGCUGAAGAGGCAGAUGCAGCCCCAGUAGGGCCCCUUUUCCUGGGAGUCCCGUGAGAUGGACGUGCAGGCACCCCCUGUGCACUCUGACCCCACAAGCCGGCGGGCAUCACCAACACUCGGAGUCACCGACACACGGAGUCCCCGACACGCGGAGCCGGAUGGCAGCACGACCCUGGGCUGGCGGCACUUCUGACUGCGUCCUCACCGCUCCACGGGGGCAAGAGGGCCGGCGUCUGUGGGCUUUCAUCUUGUGUUUCCCGUGUGAUUCCAUAUUUUAAUCCAUAGCAAAGUCUUUUCGUAAUUAUUUCUAAUCUGCUCUGGGCACCCUGUGACCCUGCAUUUAUGAUGUAACCGCCUUCAUUUUGUUGAUGCUUUUCUGAAUAAAGGUUUUUGAUUGCAUAAAA